AUGCCGAUGGAACUCGAAGGCAGCUGCCAAUGUGGUGGCGUCCAAUUCCGAUUAAAGUCACAUACCCCAGUGCCAUAUCAGCUCUGUGCUUGCAGCAUCUGUCGCAAAGUCUGCGGAUACAAUGGCAGCGUUAAUCUGGGCGGAAUCGCUGAUACGCUGGAAAUCAAGCAGGGGAAAGAAUUGAUCAAAAAAUACAAAGCAAUCAAAGACCGUGGCACACCUGACGAGGAGCAAUGCUCGUCUGAGAGAAGCUUCUGCUCCGACUGUAGCACGAUGCUGUGGUUGUGGGAUCAUCACUGGCCGGAACUAAUUCACCCGUUUGCACCAGCUAUCGAUACUGAGCUGCCAGUGCCGGAUGAGAUGGUCUGUAUCAUGGACGGCUCAAAGCCGGACUAUGUGCGCUGGCCAGAGGGCAAGAAGACGGUCCAUGAGUUAUAUGGCAAUGAUAGCUUGGAGGGGUGGCAUAAACAGCAUGAGCUUUACGUUAAAUAG